UUUUUUCCUAUUGCUAUUCUUCAAUUUAUCGUCAGUGGUCGUUGGUUACGGUUCGUUUUUGUAUCGUUAUUUGGUUGUGUGUUUCAAAUAGAAAAGUUCUUUAUUAUAUUUCCUCUGUUCUCAAAAAUUAAAAUAACUCAAAUAAUAAAAAAGGAGCAAUAAAUCUAUUCACCCCAGAAAAAAAAAGAAAAACAAAUCUCAAACUUUUUAUAAACUUACCCCAAAUAUCACAUCAAAAAAAGAACAAUAAAUCUAAUCUAAUCAAAUCAAAAGCAAUUCAAAACUAAUUCAAAACCAAUCAAAUGGCGUCAAGUGAUGUUAAAUUGUCAAGACUAUUUAGACUUGCACAAAAAUUUAAUAACUUCUAUCUAGCCGGAUAUCAAAAAGGUGAAAUUCAUCCAUUCCUAGUUGAGGGUCAACAAGUGGGCCUUAUUAAAUCGGAUAUUGCCAAGCAUUUGCUUAAGUAUCCUGAAGUAUUUUGCAUUCGUGAUUGCGAAUAUACUAAACAGGGAAUUGUGGAACUGAAUCCAGCAUUUCGUGAUUAUUCGGAGAGAACUGAAAAACUUGACAAGAUUCUACGUGAAAUACGAUCCAAUGACAUUUUUUCAGCUCUCGAAGGUUGGCGUGAUGAAUACUAUGAAGUCAAGUCAUGGGAUUAUAAGAGUCUCCUAAAAAUGGAUCGAUCUGCAACAUGCCUCUUUGGUGUUCGUAAAUAUGGUGUUGAUAUUAAUGGAUAUGUACGACAUCCAACCCAUGGUAUUUGUAUUUGGCUUCAACAACGUUCGAAUACAAAAGAAACUUGGCCUGGCAAAUGGGAUAACAUGGUUGGUGGAGGAUUGUCUGUUGGCUAUGGCAUACACGAGACAGCAGUUAAAGAAGCAGCCGAAGAAGCGUCCAUUCCAAGUGAUCUCAUUAAGAAUCUAGUUUCAGCCGGUUGCGUUUCAUUUUUCUUCGAAAGUGAUCGUGGUCUAUUUCCCAAUACCGAAUAUGUGUUCGAUUUGGAAUUACCAAUUGAUUUUGUACCUCAUAAUGCCGAUGGUGAGGUACAGGCUUUUGAGUUGCUUCCGGCUUCAGAAUGUAUAGAAAAAGUUUUCACACCAGAUUUCAAAACAACGAGUUGCCCAGUAGUUAUUGAUUUUCUUAUACGACAUGGUUAUAUUACUCCAGAAAAUGAACUUCAUUUCACACAAAUCGUUGAACUUCUUCAUGUACCAUUGCAAUCGCUGUACACGUACAAAUCAAGAACUGAACAGAACAUCACCGAAAAUGGCCACAUGAAAAAUAAUAAAUAAAUUUGAUGUUUAAAUUUAGAUAUUUCUUGUAGCUUUGUAUAUUUAUUAUUUGUUUCUUCUCCUCUACAAAUAUACAUUUUAGAGACAUUUUACCUGUUUUAGUUUCUGUAUUUAAUUUAAAUAAAUAAAAUAAUUACUUAAAUAAUAUUGACGCAAGGGCAAAGCCCUAAGAUAAUUAAUUUAAUAAUAUAUAUAUAAACAAAAUUAUAACAAUUAAUUAUAAAAAAAAUGAAAACACACACACAGCAACAAGCAUAUUUAACGAAUACUUAACCAAAGUGCUCAAAAAGUAGCGUUCUUACUUUUGUUAUAUUUAAAUAGUAUGCAAAUUAAUUAUAAAUUAUAUAUAAAUAAAUGAAUAUGCAAUAGAUUGUAGAUGUAAAGACAACAAAAAUGUUUAAAAAAAAAGAAAACAAUUUCUUCCGAACCGAAGCUAAAAAGGUAAAAAUACAAAAUAUUAUUAUAAAUAUUAAAAAUAAUAUUUAUACAUUAUAUAUUUGUUGCUGCACACAAUAAUUACUAGUGAUGUUAUUUUCAAAAACAAAACAAAAUAUAUAGACUAUUGCUUUUAAUAAUUCUUUUUUACUUUAAUAUAUAAACAAAUGUAUUUGUAUUUAAUAACACCGUUUAACAAAGUUUGUUUUUUUUCUGUCUGUCACUGAAACCAGGCCCUUGCUUUUGUCGAAAGUUUUGUGGUGCUGAACGCUAAUACAAAUUUGAUAAAUGCAUUGUUCCAUUGCGAGAAAAGAUGUUCAUAUUUUAUCGUUUAAAAAUAAAAACUUAAAUAAAUCUUGUUAAAAAGUUAAGUUAAAAUAUUUAAAAUUUUGAAACAUUUGUAAACUUUCUUAUUCGCCAAUUCAAAUUCUACAGCAUCCUCAAAAUCUUCAAAACUUUGGUCUUGCUUAUCUAAAAAAAGCAUACUUUGUUGACCAGUGAUUUUUUUUGUAUUCAAAGCUUAAAAAAGAUGUUGGUAUUUGAUAUUCCUAUUAAGUAGUUGCAUAAAUUUAACAAUGCAAACAAAAAAAACUUGUUUUUGUAAUUUAUUUAAAAAUUAAAAUUUAUUUAAAUGAAAUUCAAUGAUUUUAUUUUUGUGUUGAUAGUGUAAGUUGUUUUUCUCUUAUUUUCCUUUUUUCUUAUUUUGUACAAAAAUACAACAAUAAAAUAAAAUACAAAUUCGUGUUUUUAAAAAUUUUAAAUAAUAAAUUCUACUGUUUUUUUCAUAUUUAAA